AUGCCCCCGAGGGCCCCUCCACUGGCCCCCUCCGCCUCUCUCAAGGUGGGUGACCAGAAGGGCAGUGGCGGUGGUAGUGGCGCCUUCGCUCCGGCGGAGGACGGCUCUUUGCUCAUGCUGCGACCACGCAUACACCCGGCGGGGUCUACGCCGCAGGGGCCCUUGCUGCCACCGCCUCGCAUGCACGACGGGGCUGUCUUGCGGCUUUUUCCGCGCGGAGAUCUCGAAGCGGGAGGGGGGGGGGGGCCCCUUUCCGCGCCAAGCGCUGAGAGCGACGCUCCCGCCGGGAAGCCGGUCAUGGACGGCACGGAGAACUCCGUCGGAGGGGGGGCGGAAAUUGCACCUGCGGAGCCUCUGCGUGGCGGCUUGCCUUCGCAUUCGUCCUCCAAGACGAUUGAGGGAGGACGACCAGCACAGCCGACACUCAAGGCGGGAAGGGUCUGCAAACCAACAAGGAGCGUUUCCACAUGCUUCCUAGCUGGGGGUCGAGGGCGUGGAAUAGCAGUCGAGGCAUCUCCACUUCGAUCAGAGAAUCCACGUCAAGCCUGUCUUUCACGCGGCGCCAAGGCACGCCGAGCAAAAGAAGAAGCAGCAGCAGCAGUCUGCCCUUUUCGCAGUCUCGCGAGAGCUGACCUUCGCAUGGCUAGCUGGCGUAUAUCUUCCCGAAAGGGGGGCUUCUGCAAGCUGGCCGCUGCAUGCAAUAGCAGCCGCAACAGGGCAGAAUACGAAGAGCAACAUAGCAGCAACGGCACCGCUAAAAAAAAGAAGGAAAAGCCUCACCUUUCGGCUGCGCUUGUCUGCUUUCGCAGGCUGACGCGCGGGAAAAAUUGGCUCUUUUCCCUCUUUUGCUUCACGGGGAGAUUAGGCAUGAAGGUGGACCCUUUCACGCUUCGUUUUCUAGACAAAGAUAUCGAAAAAGACUGGAUGGAAAUGCGAGCUCAAGAUGCGGCGCGGUGUUAUUGGUGGCUAGGUGCCAUCAUCCUUGUUCAGCUCAUUUGAAGCCGCACGCGCCAGAUAUCGGAGUUUCUGCUUGGACACUCACUGGCCUUUGAUUUUACCCUAUUUGCAAGAAGAGAUUCGAUCAUAUCAGCCUCACAGCCGCUUCUUCUUGUUAUUGCAGCCUAUGCGGUUGCAGUUCCCUACCUCUCAGUGCUCGUCUUCUGCCUUUGGAUUGCCACGUGGUGGACGGCUAUCGCUUUCUUGCUUCCACCCAGCAAGCGCCAGCGUGAGGCACAGACUUUUUCAGCAAAUAUCCUUAGCAGGCAGGCAGAUAAAGACAUGGCAGGCAUAAGGAAGCAAGCGGCAGCUUUGGUAGAACAUUCGCCGUUGGGGGAACUCUUCCACUGCAUUGCAACGGCUGAGGCUUCCUUGCGUGAAGUAAAGCUGGCUUUUCCAAAGGAUAUCACGCACCUUGAAGGCACCAUUUCGCAGGUGCUGGUUGCGCUGGUUCAAGCGCAGCUAUGCCUCUCGCACCUGGACGAUCAGAGGCCUGUAGAUCCCCUAAGCGGAUCUGCGCAUGCGUGGGCUGUCUAUACACAAAUGCCGAGAGGUCCUAGUAAGCUUCCGGCAACGCAUGCAACAGCCGAAGACUCCGCGAGCGCGAAAAAAGGCGAGCAUCUCACAGACACCGCCCGGCGGUUAGGAGGGGAGUCAGCGGGCAUUGGAAAGGGGGGAAGAGACAGCACUCAGAAGAAAGAUAGAGACGCUGAAAAGAAGACGGCACGAAGCGGCAAUUACCUAGAUUCCGAAUCCGGAUCGCCAUGCGCAAGGCCAUGUGCACUUUCUCUGGGUAUAUGCAAGUGA